GUUCGAGAUGCAUUCAGUCGCUGGUUUCCCACUCGAAAGCAACUAAAUUUACUUUAUCAUUUUACUUCACUCUCUACUCUCCCCCACAACACACACACACAACUCGUGGCUAUGAACUCCUUCUCAGUGUUCUUAGUGUUCGCCCUGGCUGCCCUGGCCGCUGCGGAGCCCCCCUCGGGCUACAACUAUCCCCGUGGUGGUGGCGGAGGAGGCGGCGGCGGCGGCGGAUACAGCGGUGGCGGCUCCUCGUUCGGCGGCGGUGGUGGCGGCGGCGGUGGCUUCCAGGCCGUCAGCGGCGGCUUCCAGACAUCCGAGGGCCAGAAUGUCGAUCCCCAGCUGUUGGAGCAGAUUCGUCAGAUCCUCCUGAACGAGGAGGGCAAACAGGGAGGCGGCGGUGGUGGCGGCGGCGGCGGUGGAGGCGGCGGCGGUGGCUACCCAAGCGGCCCCUCAAGCUCGUACGGCGCUCCUCCCUCGAGCAGCUACGGCGCGCCCAUUGGAGGCGGCGGCGGUGGCCGUGUGGUCGGCAUCGAUCUUGAGGGAGUUCGUCAGGCCAUCCAGGUUGCUCAGUUCAACCAGCAGAGCACCCAGGCGGGAGGCGGUGGUGGCGGCGGCGGCGGUGGCUACCCCAGCGGCCCAUCCGGCUCGUACGGCGCUCCCUCGAGGCCCAGCGGCAGCUACGGCUCGCCCUUCUAAAUCCAGACUCGAGACUCACAUCCCAAAAUCAAAUUGCGCUGCCAAAAAUGAACACCGACGAAAUGGACGCCACUCAACCGACUACGACGACGACGAUACCGAUACGGAAACCGCAACCGCAACCGCAACCAAUCCCGAGACAAAACACCAGCACCAGCAUGAACAGCAAUUGGAAUCUACAGGAUACACAUGUGGGUAUAUCCUUGAACCUGGAACACAUAGUUCGACUAGUGAUGUGGAUGAUCCCGAUCCCGAUCCCAACCUCAGCGACUGUAAUUCUAUAGCCCUGUCUAUCCCAACCCUAAAUGAAACUUCGACUCGAAUUGGGUGGGGAAUUACCAGUUCCCCAACCAAAAUGAA